AAAUGAAAGAUGAUAAAACAUCUUUUGAACAAUGGAUGAAUAUCAUAUUCAAUGCUCUUGUUGUUCUAAUGCAACAUGAUUUAUAUCAUUUCAAUACAAAUUUUGAACAGAAGAAAAUCUUAUUUACGUAUGAUAUCCAUGAUGUACAUCUUGUCAAAUCAUUCUAUGAUUUAAAUCCAAUAGAAGAACAGGUGAAUAUAUUGUUUAGCCUAACUUUCUCUUAUUCUUCUUCUCAUAGGUUUAUUCUACUCAACAAAUUUGGCGAUCAAAAUUAAGAGCAUGUGAGAAGGUCAUUAGUCAACAAAAGAAACGUUGGUCAAUGAGUGCUCAAGUUAUGGUUAAAGGAGUAAUUCCAGGUAAUCGUUCAAUAACAAAUAUGAAACAAAAUGAAUUCGACAAUGAUGGUAAUGAUCAAAAGAAUCAAUUAUUAUAUAUGGAAUGCUUUCCUCCUUCAAUGCGUGCAAUUAUCCAAGAUCGUCUCGAUAAUAUCGAACAACGUGCUCAACAAAUUAUAAAAUUUAUUCACGCUUCGUCUCAAGGAUAA